AGAAGAGUUUUCCUAGCAACACAAGCAACAAAAUAAGAACUUAAAUUUUUCAUCCGUUUACUUGUUGGAAAUGACACAAAGAAAACACAGGAAAAUUUCAAGGUUUUAUAGGGUUCCAGAAGCGAUCUUGCUUUACAAACAAAAGUUACAAAUGAAAUCACAAAACAAAUUAAAGUUAUACACGCAAUCAAUCAAUUUUUGUUCUUUUAAGGAAUCUUGGAUUUACGGACCAUAAUGGGCUACAUGGGCUUUCUCUUAACUAAGAAUGCACAAAUGUUAAAUGCACAGUGAUCUAGCUUUUCAAUCUCUCUCAAACCUUAGAUACGUUAUUUACUUUGUUCCUAAGGAAACGAAUCCAGAGUGAUCUAGAUCUAGGGUUUUGAUGACAAGUGUCUCCGCCAUGAAACUACCGCGGCACAACUUCUCCGACGAUGUUCGUUCCAUUUCCCCAUGCAGAUCAGGUUCCUCCUCUACAUCAAUGAACGGAAGAGAAAACUCAGAGCCGAUCCCACAUGAUCUCAUUUACGAAAUCCUCUUGAGACUGCCAGCGAUAUCUAUAGCUAGAUUUCGUUGCGUAUCGAAGCUAUGGGCUUCCACACUUCGUAGUCAUGCUUUCACCGAGUUAUUCUUGACCAGAUCUUCAACUCGUCAGCAGUUUCUGUUCGCCUGCCAAAACGAUGAUGAAAUGUUCUUCUUCACGGCACCUCAAAAUCCGGACAAGAACUCGUCUCUUGUAGACCCCUAUUAUCAUAUGAAGAUCCCAUGUAUUGAUGAUACAUCUAAAAUUUGUGGUCACGUCCGAGGUUUGGUCUGUCUUACGCAUCUUCGGACCGUGAAGGGAAGGAAGCAUACAGUUCCAGAGAUAUGUAACCCUAGCACCGGACAAUCCAUAUUUUUACCCAAAGUGAAGACGAACAAGGUUAAUGUGAGAAGCUUUUUUGUGUAUGAUCCAAUAGGUAAGCAGUUCAAGGUAUUAUCCAUGACCUGGCCAUGUUAUGGAAAUGAUUGGUUAUGCAAGGAGUACCAAGUUCUGACUCUAGGGACAAAAAAACAAUCAUGGAGAAUGAUCCAAUGUAGCGUACCCCAUCAUCCUAUAUCUGGUGGGAUAUGCAUCAAUGGUUGUUUGUAUUAUCAUUCUAAGGUUGCUAGUAUAGAGCAAUAUACGAUAGUUUGCUUUGAUGUAACUUCUGAAAAGUUUACAUCUAUUAGAAAAGCUACUGGAAAUGUCCUGUGGAUUGAAUUAAACCUGGUAAACUACAAUGGUAAAUUAGCUACACUUACCUCAGAUGGGCAUUGGCAAGUUAGUGGAGAGAGUAGAUGCAUUGAGUUGUGGGUUCUAGUAGAUGCUGAGAAACAUGAAUGGUCGAAGCAUGUAUACCAAUUGCCCACUUUGUGGAAGGAUGUAGUUGCAAAUGACUUCUUAUUCUUCAUUGGAAUAUCAGGUACUGAUGAAAUUCUGAUUUUAGCGCACAGUUUAUCCGGCAUUAACUCUGUUUUAUACUAUGAUUUCGUGAGGGGAACUAUCAGAAAAGUUGAAAUCGAAGGAAUUGAUGCUUUUAGGCAUUGUAAUACCUUUAUACACCAUGUGGAGAACGUGAAGCUUUUUGCAAAUGUUUAAAGCUUUGUUUAUUACUUGAAUGGUAACAGCUAAUGGUCUCUUAGUUUGCAGUCCUUAUGUUUUUCCUUUUCUUUUCUUUGGAACACUUUUUCUUUUGACGAACACUCAGUCCUUGUGUUAUUCAAUAACUAUAUUCUGGUUUAAGUUAUGGUCUUCA